AUGUCUCUCGCCAAUCUCAGAAGAUCCCUCCUCAUGACUCGGGUGCCAACAACAACAGCCGUCAUCCGCGGCGCCAGCGUCAACAUCGUCCUCAAGGCCGACCAGCCAACCGGCCGAACAGUUUCCGGCGCCGUCCAGGACGUGCUCACCCGCGGCAACCACCCCCGCGGGAUCAAAGUCCGCCUCACCGACGGCAGGGUCGGCAGGGUCCAGUCCAUGGCCGGCGCCGCGCAAGCCGCGUCUCAGCCUGCCGCUUCCGAGAUGGCAGUGUCCCCCGACGCAGCCAGCUCGGCGCCCGCGACGUCCAGAGGUCCGGGCCGUCAGCGCGGACCCCGCGACUACCGCGACGAGCCGGAGCGUCCUUCGCAGACGAUUGGCUUGGAUGCGUAUAUCAAGCCUGCAAAGACGAAGCGCAAGGCCAAGGGCGGCCCGUCCCCUCCUGGGGCUGACGAUCCAGCGCCUUCCAGCGAGGAUGGGGUUCAGCCGAAUCCGGUCGUUGAGCGUGCAGAGGCUGAGGCUGUGACCUGCCCAGUCUGUGGUGCGUUUGAGGGGGAUGCUGCUGCUGUGGAGCAUCAUGUUGCGCGCCACUUUGACUGA